GUCAAUCAUCGCGACAACUUCAUGCUCCAGCAUCAGUUUCGGGCAACUAACGUAGGCAAACAGGCGAGGGCCAAGAGCAGCCGGCGCCUCCAACGACCCGAGAAGUCUAUAGGAGGCCACUGCCUUCGUUCUGCUCUCAAAAAUGCCUGCUCGCCUUGCGGAGAGGGAGGUCGAUGGGUCGAUAUUGCCCAAACGCACGACACCAUCGGGGCGAAUCUCUAGGCGAGAACCAUCCUAUGUCGUUAGGGUAGUUUGCUUUUCUUGUUUAAAAAAACAGCUGGCCGUAAGUUUAGAUGACGAUGUCCUCUGUCCAGACAGAUGGGGUAAAUUUGGCGCCAUCGGCGUGUUAUUCCACAUCACCUUACACGAGUACGGCUAUACAUUUGUAGCCAAAGGUGUCCGAAGCGCAUAAGCGCAGGUUCUAGCACGCGAGCAUUCUGUGUAUGAGCUAAUUACUGACCUCUAAGGCCACGUCGUUCUGGUGUAUCUUGGGUUCAUUGACCUCACACGCGAGUACACGUCCUGCUUUGGCG